CCACGCGAGGUGACGCAUGGCCAGUAACUCCUGCAGUCCGUCGCUGCAGCAACCAUUAGUCAGGAGAACAGCCUCCAAAGUUAAGUAUCUCUUCAAGGACGCCGUAUCAUUCUCUUCUCUUGGACUAAGUGAUGCCUUUAUUGACGUUUAUUGUUCGUACCAGUUUGUAGUGUAGAGUGCGCGAUUCCGAUACGGAUGAUAUCAGGGACUUAACGUUUUAUCACGGCAAGACAGAAGAUAUAAUGAACUGCAACUACGUCCCGUUGGCUUUGGCUUACGUCUUGUUACUAUGCCUAGAAGCGGUCUUGACGAGAACAACCUAUAACAACCCAUAUGAUGAUGAAUAUCCAGAGGUGUACCAGUAUGAGCAAUUAUCAUUACCUGCAGAAUAUGUCGAGGAGCUUCCCGUGUCAAGGAACAACCUGCUAGACAUAUUCAAAUCCACGAGGAAACGAUCAAGGCAGGUGGCGAAGCGAUGCUAUUCGUCCCGAAACUGCUGCAAGACGACCGCCGAUUGUUGUCCAGGUUACACGUGCGGUGUGAACAUCUGGAACUGGAGCUGUUACGAGUGCAUCAAGAAAACCUGGGGACGUUAGACGGAUCAAAUCCGACAGUCUUCAUCACACAGACCGAGGGAGGUUCAGACGGCGAACGACGUUACACUGUCACUGAUGUGUGUUUUCUAUCAUGUUGGUCAUUUGAAAACAGAACCGCUUACAAUGUUCAUACUCCUAUCGUAGCAUGCAAUAAAGGAGUUCAUCAACAGAGAAAACUAGCUGAUGGUUCCAGAUAUGUCAGUGGCUUUUGAGACAUAACAAGUUAUAA